GUCCUACCAGCCAGCCCCCAGUAAGAGAACCAGAACAGAGGAGAGACAGAGAGGCUGGAGAUGGAGAGCGGUACAAAUAGAGGAUGAGGGGGGUAGCACGGAGGUAAAGAAGAAGGGAGGGGCACCAGGUCCCAAGGGAGAAGGAAGUGAGAGAGAGAGGGAGAGAGAGGGGCUGAUGUCAUCCCUGUGAAGCAGCCAAUCAGAGAGCAGCAGAGAGGGAAGGAGAGGAGGGAGGAGAGGCAGCGCUCAGAAGGGUGUGUUUUAUGUACCACUGCAGAAUCAGUGAGAGACAGACACGAGAAAAUCACGACUCAGUGGACAGGAAACACAGAAUAAAGAAGAAGAAGAAGAAGAAGAAGAAGAAGAAGAGAGUGUGACCAGGAGGAAACAGAGGAUACAAGACAAGAGGAGACAGAAGGAGAGACGCCACACCUCCAGAGUUUGCAGCGGGAUAACGGAUCGAAGACCUGCAGAACCCUCAUUCAGAGCAUCACUGUGAAAGAAACACACACACUCUCACACACACACACACACACACACUCACACACACACACUUAAUACAGUUGUUUACUCCUCUCCACUCUCCAGAGGCUCCCCCUGAAGUGUGUGGAUAAAGUGGGAGGGUGUGUGUUUGUGUAUGUGUUGAUGAGUGUGUGGGUGUCUUGUGACACUUUUCAUGGGACAUUGAGAGAUGUGUGUGUCACAGUGGACGGGCUAUAGGGGGCCGGUCUCCCCCGCCCUCCCCCUGCUCCUCCUCCCCCUCCUCCUGUCCUUCUUCUCCUCCACGCCUCCCCUCGCUCAGGGAGCCAUCAGCAUCCCCGAAAACUAUCAAGUGUAUAACAUGUCGGAGCCUCCGGAGCUGACAAAGCUGCCACACUCGUACACAGCCUUUUCUCACGAAGACAUCAAUCUGCCCUGUGAGGCCACCGGUAACCCAACUCCCACUUUCCGCUGGGUGAAAGACGGCGAGGCGUUCGGGUCGGAGCGUGAAGAGUUCGGGACGUUAAAAGCCCAAGAUGAAGAAGAGACACUCGACUCGUACGGAGGCUACUACCGCUGUUACGCCUCAAACACUCUGGGAACCGCCAUGACACAAUCCGUACAUCUCACCGUGGAGCCUCAACCGGUUCUUCUAAAACAGCAAAGAGUCGAUAAGAAAGCAAACGAGGGAGACAGCAUGAUCCUGGCCUGCAACCCUCCAAACAGCUCCACCCCCCCGCACAUCCACUGGAUGGACAGGAGGAUGGUGCACAUCAAGCUGAACGACAGAGUGAUGGUCGGCCUGGACGGGAACUUGUACUUUUCUAAUCUUAUUAAGACAGACAGCAGAAGCGACUACAUCUGCAACGCUCAGUACACCUUAGCCAGGACGGUCCUCCCUCUCCCUGCUGUCCACCUCACUGUCAUGCAGAGUAAUGAUCUUGUUCAUGGCAAGAAGCCUGACUUCUUCCAUCCCGUGGGCUCCCACAGCUCCGUGCAGGCCCUCAGGGGCGACAGCGUCGUCCUCGAAUGUCUCCCCAAAGGCCUACCAACUCCAAAGGUAGAAUGGAAGAAGAAGGAUGGCAGCCUGGAGGAAACCAGCGGCAGGGUGGAUUCAGAUUCACACGGUCGCUGGUUUCGCUUCGACAGCAUCGAGCAGAAUGAUGACGGGGAGUACGAGUGCAUCGCCUCCAACAACCAAGGCUCCGUCUCACACUCCUUCACCCUCACUGUGGAAGCCCCUCCGUACUGGGUGAAGGCGCCUCAGAGUCUGCGCUACGCUCCGGGGGAAACGGUGCGUCUGGACUGUCAGGCUGAAGGCAUCCCGACCCCAAAGAUCAGCUGGAGCAUCAACGGAGAGCUGCUCUCAGAUGUGGAUGAUGACCCUCGUCGCAGUGUGUCGGGGGGUGUGAUGAUCAUGAGGGACGUGGUGUUUACAGACACCGCUGUGUAUCAGUGUGUGGCGUCCAACGAACACGGCUCCAUCCUGCUCAACACCUACCUCUAUGUUGUUGAGCUCCCUCCUCAGAUCCUGACCUCUGAUGCAAAGGUGUACAAAUUCACUGAGGGCGGAUCCGUCGUGAUGGACUGUGAGUCCUUCGGCUCGCCACGCCCACACAUCACAUGGGAGGGGGAGGACAGGCUUCCUCUGCUGUCGGACCCUCGUGUCGCUCUGCUCACCAACGGCUCCAUCAUUGUGUCCGACGUUAGUCACGAGGACAGCGGAGAGUACAGCUGCUCCAUCAAACACAGCAACAUCUCCAUCUCUGCACACCUGGAGGUCUACAACCAAACGGUGAUCCUGAACGGGCCGCAGGACGUGCGUGUGCUCAGAGGAAGGAGCGCUCUGCUGGACUGUGUCUUCCAGAAAGACCCUCGCCUCAUAAAGUACCAGAUCGUCUGGAAGAAGGCCGAACACAAAAUGCAGGAAUCGUCUCCAGAUGACAAGCACACGAUAUUUGAUAAUGGAACCCUGAAAGUCACCAACAUCCAAUCAGACGACAGCGCUCGUUAUUCCUGUGAGGUCAUCACUGCUCUGGGAAGCGUAACAGCCAGUGGCUCCAUCACUGUCGUGGCCCGGCCGGACCCUCCUGAAGGUCUGUCUCUGUCUGAUGUUGCUGACCACAGCCUCACACUCAGCUGGAACCCAGGAAAAACACACAACAGCCCCAUCAUAGAGUUCAUCGUGGAGGCUCGUGAGGAGCAGCACACGGAGCACGGCAGGUGGAGGUGGGAGGAGUGGAAGAAGGUGCCGGGGGAGUUCAACCACCUGGAGCUCACCCUCCACCCGUACUGCACCUACCGCUUCAGGGUCAUAGCCGUCAACGAGAUCGGCCACAGCGACCCCAGCCAUUUCUCGGACCACCACAAAACCCCCCCUGCCGUCCCUGACAGAAACCCCUCAGGUGUGCGCAGCGAGUCCACAGAUCCUAAGACUAUGAUCAUCACCUGGGACGAGAUGGACAAGCGCUUCCACUCCGGCGAGGGGUUCAAGUACCACGUGUCGUGGCGUGGGGGGGGGGACGCUCAGUGGAACCACGCAGACGUUGCGACGCCUCCGUACGUCAUCAACGACACAGGGACGUACACACCGUUUGAGAUCAAAGUCCAGGCUGUCAACGACGUGGGGGGGGGCCCGACACCGGAGCCGGAGAUCGGAUACUCCGGAGAGGACGAGCCGCAGGAAGCUCCAACUAAUGUCUCCACGAUAGUGACGGACAGCACCGUCACAGUCAAGUGGAAAGAAGCCCAAAAUGUGAGAGGUCUGCUGCUGGGAUACAAGAUCUACCUCCAGAGGUUGGGUCCGGAGGUCUUUCGGGUCCAGAGGUCUCUCGGGAAACAGCACCAGGAGAGAGAGGAUAAGCUGGAGCGAGCGAGGGAGAGAGACCGGGAGGUGGUGGUCCACGGCAUGAAGACCUCAGAGGAUGUGACGGGGCUGCGGCUUUACUCCCGCUACGAGCUGUCCGUCGCUGCCUUUAACAGCAAAGGGGAGGGGCCUCGCUCCCCCCCGCACCACUUCCGCACCCCACAAGGAGCGCCUGGUCCUCCUGCAUCGUUUAGGUUGGAGAGUACUUCAGAGAAAUCCAUGAUCCUCUACUGGAGCCCUCCAGAAGAAACCAACGGCAUCCUGACGGGAUACGUGGUGCAGUAUCGGAAGGAUCUGGACAGCUUGCUGCAGAUGGAGGCCAUCAAGGACCCGGCUGUGACCCACUUUGAGUUGGACUCUCUGGACCCGAGCAGCCAUUACAUCUUCAACGUGAUCGCUAAAACCAUUUUAGAAGGACCCCCCAUCACCCGGAGCGGGGCCACCGCGCUGGACGGAGUUGCUCCAUCACACAUCAACAUAGUUCCCAGCAACACGUCACUCAACCUGAGCUGGGUGCACGGAGAGAGAUUCAGGAACCACGGCUUCAUCAUCCGAUACCGCAGGAAGAGCCCCGGCUGUGAUUGGUUGGACUCGGAGGUGGUGAACUCCACGCAAGGUGUCUAUUUGCUGAAAGGCCUCCUGCCGGGAUCUGAGUACCACCUCAUGAUCAACGACACUCAGUGGGAGAACGUGACACGGACCAAAGGAGCAGCGCCGUCGGUGAUGCCCGGUGGGUUCGCUGCUCGGGGUUGGUUGAUCGGACUCAUCGCUGCCAUCCUGCUGCUGGUGCUCAUCCUGCUCAUCCUCUGCCUCAUCAAGCGCAGCAGGGGGGGGAAAUACGCAGUGAAAGACAAAGAGGACAAGGAGGGGGACUCUGAGGCUCGGCCCAUGAAAGACGAGACGUUCGGAGAGUACAGCGAUGCGGAUGAGAAGCGCUCUGAGAGCCAGCCCUCUCUGUGUGGGGAGAGUAAGCUGGGCAGCGACGACUCCCUCGCAGAGUACGGGGACAGCGUGGACAUCCAGUUCAACGAGGACGGGUCCUUCAUCGGCCAGUACAGCAACCGAGGGCCCGCCCCCCCUGGGCACGAGAGCUCCGGCCCCGCCUCCCCGGACAACGGCGUCCCGCCUCCCCCCAUCGCUCCGUCCAUGUCCACCAUCCUCGACCGGCCCAGCUAGACACACACACACACACACACACACAUUACAGAAAAACACACAUUCACACUGCGAAACACAAAGGGACAGACCACUCCUGACUCCACUGCCUGUAAUGUUAUAGUGCAAAAACACACACACACACACACACACACAUACACACACACACACACACACACACACACACACCGUCUCAAUACAUUCCACAGGUUUAUGCAGUGCAGCUGUUUACAGGAUGUCUCGCCUUUUCUACUCCAAGUUUACACACACACACACACACACACACACACACACACCCACACACGCCUCACACACACACAGAAACACACUCACACCUACGAGCAAACACUUCCAAUCAGAAAGCUCUUCACUCCAGAAAGAUAGAACGAGGUUUGCAGACAGUUGCACCAGCUGUUUAUCAAACAUAGGAGUUGAAUACGUCUAUUAAGGGGGUUACAGUAACAUUAGUAACAAUUCGCCUGAUGAAAACAAGUCACAAGACAAUUCAAAUGUGGCUGUUUUGAACAAUUGUUUAGCUUAUAUCUCCAAUAACUCAACCCCCAGACAUCCAAUAAUAAGACCUUUAUUCAAACAAAAAACAGACCAAUAUCUUAAAGGUGUAGCAUAAAGAAUGUGUCUUGAACCUGGAUCAAAAGUAUAUUUAUGAAAGCUUCUGGUAGACAACAACGCCAUUACAGUUGAAUUAAUUAAACGCAACCUUAAAAUUACGGAAAACUGUAUCCCAAAAUUUCAAUUUCUUCAAAAUAAAAGUUCCAAACAGCCGGUGCAACGCUGCAGGAGAGGAAGAGGAAGGCUGUUGUGAUGAAGAGUGACUCAAAGAAAAGGGAAAUCUCAUUUCGUCUGACCAAAAUGUCAUCCAUCUUGUACAAACAUUUAUUCCAUUUCAUUAACACAUUCAAAGUCAUAUUCAUCGUUUUUAUAUAUACACCACCACUUUGAGUUUUGUGUACGUCCUCGUCAACCGUCACCGCUCCGUGUCUUUCUUCGUGCUGUUUUUAUAUUUAUGUUUCUGUGCAUGCGUCUGGGGAUGCGCUUUCUAUUUAUUGAUGUCAGAGCGCCUAAGAUGCACGCCCCUCGCUGAGGCUUUUCAUAAUUUGAUAUUUAGCGUAUGAGUUUUAUGACUGACUGUUACUGUGUUUGAGUGUGUGAGUGUGUGAGUGUGUGUGUGAGUGUGAGUGUGUGUGAGUGUGAGUGUGUGUGAGUGUGAGUGUGUGUGUGAUUGCUCACCAUCCCUGCUUUUACCUGCAGUGAUGGGAGAUCUGUUGCCUUAAGAGAGUCCAGUUGAGCGUCCUCUCCUCCUUUCUGUCCAUCCGUCUGUCAAUCAUCCAUUUUCCCUCACACACACACAGACACACACACACACACACACACCCAUCACCCUCCUGUUUGAUCAGCAGGUGAAAUGCAGGACCAAGUUUCUACGGUGGCCCCGAAGGAUCAUAGACCUGCAAACACAUAAGGACACACGCAAAGAGGAGACCAAAAACAAAACUGUUUCAUUACAUUCAUGGAAAUUAGCUUAAAACUUACCGGCUUUAAAGGUCCAUUUGGGGUUAAAAAAAUUCAAUUACAAUAGUUUACGGCACUGAGGAAGGGGGUUAAUAUUCAGGGAAAAAAGUAAUGUAAAUGUACAAAAAUAAAAAUCAGUUAUUAUAAUGUAUAAAUUGUCAGGGCCACCGUAGAAUGUGUUUACAGAGAGAAACACACACACGCGCACACACACACACACACACACACACACACACACACACACACACAUAUAUACUGAUGCAUGCAUAAAGUGGAGGACAAUGAAAACCACAUGCAGGGCCGGUCCUCUGUAGCAAAACCAUAAGGGACCCUCUGAAGCAGAGAGGAAGAGGAGGAGGAGGAAGAAGAGAAUCUGACCUAUCGUUCUCUGAAUGUAAAUACAACCUUGAGAAUGUCAUUUUUUUAUUUCCAUUGCUUCUUUUAUAAGAGGAUCAAAUUGUAAUUGUUUUUUUUAUUAUCUGUUGCUCUGUUUGGUUUUGUAUCAUAACCCCCCCCCCAGCAUUAUGUUUUCCUCUUGUGUCACAUUUAGUAGUCCAGAGACAUUUAGAGGAACCUAGAAUCCGUUUCUUUAUAGCGCUUAGAGAUGCAGCAGAUAAUAUUCAUUAUUAAAAGUCAUAAAUGUUAGCAUUGAUCCACGUCGCCAUGGCAGUGCUGUUUAAAUGAGGAGACGCAGCCUUGUGAGGACGGAUCGGUCUCAAUACUAAGAGGGUUUAUUUUUGUGGCUCCGCUUUGCAAGAUAAACUUAAUCUGAAAGAUGCAGGAUUACCAGGCAGGAAGUUCUCGUGUGAUUUUGGACCCAGAGCUGAAAUUUGUUUUUGAAUGUUUGU